AUGCAACUCUCUCUUUAUGUUAUUGCUGCCCUGAGCCUGGGGAUUGCCGCUACUCUGGCGGCUCCAUUCCCAGGGACAGAAGUCAGUGCACAGAGUUCUGCCACAUAUCAUUGGCACGGGUGUGGCUCAGUCGGCAGUUGCUCUAGCGAUAGCGAUUGCCAGGUUGACGAGAACUGCCUGAGCAUGGCUCAGAACGUACGUCUGGAAGACUCUGUGGUUCGCGUUUCUUUGGCAGCGCAAGAUCACUAA